AUGUUUAGCUUAUUUACAAAACCUUUUUUCAAAACAAUUAAACAAUCAAGUACAUGGUAUACAACCUUUAGGAGCAUUUCUCAAAAAAAUAAUUGUGAGACUUCUAAAAAGUCUAAAAGUUACAAAAUUGUAAUGGUAAGACAUGGAGAGAGUGAUUGGAAUAAAAAAAAUUUAUUCUGUGGUUGGUAUGACGCCAGUCUGAGUUGUAAAGGUGUAGAAGAAGCUAUUUCGGCCGGGAAAACGCUAAAACAACGUUGUUAUCAGUUUGAUGUUGCCUAUACUUCUGUCUUAAAAAGAGCACAAGAUACUCUGAGUGUCAUUCUAAACCAAUUAUGUCAGACAAACAUUCCGGUACACACGACAUGGCGACUGAACGAGCGGCAUUAUGGAGGUCUGACCGGCCUCAACAAGUCCGAAACUGCAGAAAAGUACGGCGAAGAUCAGGUUAAAAUUUGGAGGCGCAGCUUCGAUGUCCCGCCCCCGCCAAUGGAGAUUACUCACCCUCACUACGAUCACAUAAAAAAAAACCCAUGUUAUGCAGAAUGUCCAAUCAAGUGUGAAUUCCCAACACAUGAAUCUCUAAAAAUGACUGUACUCAGAACACUGCCGUACUGGGAUUGCGUCAUCGUCCCUCAAAUCAAAAAAAAUAAAAGAAUUAUAAUAGCAGCUCAUGGAAAUAGUCUUAGAGGCAUAAUUAAAUAUUUAGAUAAUAUCACAGACCAAGGAAUUAUGGGGUUGAACUUACCAACAGGCAUACCCUUUGAAUAUACGCUAGAUGAGAAUUUAAAACCCCUGGUUUCCAUGAAGUUUUUGGGUGACGACGAAACCGUAAAAAAGGCGAUGGAUGCCGUAGCUUCUCAAGGCAAAGCUAAAUGA